AUGGGGUUGUCGCUCAAGUUCCACAAGAGCGGCAAAACAGGCCUGUCACUCAAAAACAACUAUACAGCAUUAUUCACUAUUUUCGACAAACACCCUCUCCCAGAUUACAUCAAAGCAUUUAUUAAGCAAAAAAUAAAAGCUUGUGCCAAAUGGAAAUUUACAGGCUACCCUAACGACAAAUCCAUCAAAUGGUUCGCUACUAAAAGAAUCCUCAAUUACAUUGAACCCAUUCCUCUACUCCGCCGCUCUGAUAAUUCAAAAAUCAUGGACGACCCUGAAAAAGCCAACGUCUUUACUGAACACCUUGCUACAGUAUUUAUGCCAAACGAUAUUCAAACAAACCCACAGCACUCUUCUAGAGUUUUUAUUAAUCCUGGUUUUAACAAUUGGAAAAAAUCUUACGAAAAACUUAAAGAACAUGAAAAUAGUGCACACCAUCGUAAAUCAAGGUUAACUUGGUUAGAUCGUGUAAACACUAAACAUCGUAUAGACAAAACUUUGGCCGAAAAAAUGUUGAAUGAAAAAAAGUAUUGGGUUAAAGUGUUGCACCGUGUAGUAUCAGUUGUUAAAUUUUUGGCUGUUCGUGGGUUAGCAUUUGAAGGUAAUGACUCACGGUUGGGUUCUCCGAGUAAUGGAAAUUUUCUUGGAAUUCUUGAAGUUAUUUCCGAAUUUGAUCCUUUUUUAAAACAACAUAUGAAUGAACGCGCUAAUAAAGGAUCAGGCAAUGUAUCUUAUUUUUCGAUGCGUAUUUGUAACGAAAUAAUUGACCUAAUGGCAAAUGAAGUUUUAUUAGAAAUAACUAAACAGUUACAAGAAACUAAAUACUUCGGUCUAAUUUUAGAUUCUACUCUAGCUAGAGCACAUAGAGAUCAAUUUGCUGUUGUUGUUAGAUACUGUUAUAAAGGGUUAGUUUUUGAGCGAUUCUUAACAUAUAUUCAUAUAUUAAGCCAUACUGGUAUUUCAAUGACCAAAGAAGUAAUACAUUUUUUGGAAAAUAAUAAUAUUAAUUUGCAGUAUUGUAGAGGUCAAUCAUACGACAAUGCUAAUAAUAUGACUGAAAGAACAAAUUCAAAAUUACAACUUAUUGAAAACGCCAGAAGAACGUCCCUUUACCAAGAAAAAUUAAAUUCGCUCGUUCGUCUAUCUGCUGAAAGGGAAAUAACUGACACAUUGGAUUUUUCAAAUCUAAUUCAGAAGUUUACUGAACUUAAAUCUCGAAAGAAACCAUUGACUUAA